AUGCACAUUCCAAAUCUGAUUUCUCUUCUGCGAAAAUGCACUAUUUCCAAGUCAACACUGCAAGGCAAGCGCGUCCACCAGAAGAUUCUAACUCUUGGCUUAUCAAAUGACACUACUUUGUGCAAGUACCUCAUCAACUUCUACUUCUCCUGCAAUUUGCAUGAUUAUGCAAGCCUUGUUUUCCAAACCACCAAGGACCCUUUUGAUAUAUCCUUGUGGAAUGGCCUUUUGGCAGCUUAUACCAAGAACUCCAUGUUCAUUGAAGCACUUGAUCUCUUUGGAAGAUUGUUGCAUUACCCUUGUUUGAAUCCUGAUAGUUACACAUAUCCGAGUGUUCUUAAGGCCUGCGGUGAAAUGGGGACAAUUAGAAGUGGAGAAGUUGUACACACUCAUUUAGUAAAGACUGGGUUUUUGUCGGAUGUUUUCAUUUCAAGCUCUUUGGUGACCAUGUAUGCCAAGUGCAAUGCGUCGAAGAGUGCUAACCAACUGUUUGAUGAAAUUCCUGAACGAGAUGUUGCGUGUUGGAAUGCUGUGAUUUCUUGUUAUUAUCAACAUGGGAAACCCGAGAAGGUGAUGGAAUUGUUUGAGAAAAUGAAGAUUCUUGGUUUUGAGCCGAGUUCAGUGACGCUAGUGGUUGCAAUCUCAUCGUGCGCAAGGCUUUUGGAUUUGGAAAGAGGAAAGGAGAUUCACAAGGAAGCAAUAGAAGCUGGACUCUUGUCGGAUGGGUUCGUCCGUUCUUCCCUAGUGGACAUGUAUGGAAAAUGUGGAUGCUUAGAGAUGGCUAAAGAGGUUUUCGAGAAAAUCCUGAGAAAGAACACGGUUGCUUGGAAUUCCAUUAUUGCAGGUUAUAGUUUAAAGGGUGACAGCAAAUCUUGCAUCAAACUUCUAGAAAGGAUGAGCGGUGAAGGAACUAGACCAACUUUAACGACUUUCGGUAGCAUACUGUUGGCUUGUAGAAGGUCACUGCAACUUCGACAGGGAAAAUUCAUACAUGCAUAUAUAGUAAGAAAUAAUGUACAGGCUGAUAUCUACAUUAACAAUUUGCUUAUUGAUCUGUACUUCAAAUGUGGAAUUGUCUCAUCUGCCAAAAACGUAUUCGAAAAGAUUCCCAAGGCAGAUAUAGUUUCUUGGAAUUUAAUGAUUUCUGGAUAUGUUACGGUGGGAAAAUAUUUUGAAGCUCUUGGUAUGUAUGACACCAUGAAGGAAGUUGGUUUGAGACCAGAUUCCAUUACAUUCACUUCUUUGUUAUCUGCUUGUUCACAGUUAGCAGCCUUAGAAAAGGGUAAGGAAAUCCAUAGAAGUAUCAUGCAGGAUAAGAUUGAAAAUGAUGAAGUACUCAUGGGGGCUCUCCUUGACAUGUAUGCUAAAUGUGGUGCUGUGGAUGAAGCUAUUGAGGUUUUCCAUAGAUUGCCGACGAGAGAUCUUGUCUCGUGGACCUCCAUGAUCAUCGCCUUCGGGUCUCAUGGUCGAGCGUUAGAAGCGCAAAAGCUCUUUUGUGAAAUGCAACAGUCUGGUGAGAAACCGGAUGGAGUUGCUUUCCUUUCUGUCUUAUCUGCUUGUAGUCAUGCUGGACUUAUUGAUGAAGGUUGUAACUAUUUUAAUCAAAUGAUCACCAAUAAUGGAAUUAAACCAAGUGUAGAGCAUUACUCAUGUUUGGUUGAUCUUCUUGGGCGCGCUAGAAGAUUGCGAGAAGCGUAUCAGAUUCUCCGAGAAAAUACAGAAAUUGGGGAGGAAGUUGAGUUGUUGAACACAUUACUUUCGGCGUGCCGGUUGCACAAGGAUUUUGAUUUGGGUGUAGAAGUUGCCAAUUUUCUUGUUCACAAGAAUCCUGAGGAUCCAUCAACUUAUAUCAGCUUAUCAAAUAUUUAUGCUUCUGAUAGAAAAUGGCAUGAGUUGAGGAAGGUGAGAUUAAAGAUGAAAGAGCUGGGAUUGAGAAAAAACCCAGGAUGUAGCUGGAUUGAGAUUAACAAACAGAUCCACAACUUUUUUCUUGAAGACAAGUCUCACCCACAAGCAGAAAUUAUCUAUGAAUGUUUGAAAAUGCUUUCAAGUAACAUGGAUAAAGUUGAUUUCUAUUCAAAUUGA